UUGUUUUGAUUUGAAUUUGAAUUUUGGCAAAGGAUUUUUUAUUUUAUAAAUUCAAUUGUUUUCUAAUAUAAAAAUGCCAGUCGCUACGAAAAUGAAAACGCCGUGAUUUUAAACAACAGAAAUCUGGUCAAUACAAAAUGGCAGUAUCAGAACCUUUGAUUCUCUGCAUGGAGAACAUCAGUGGAGAAGAAGUGGCACUGAACAUUGAACCACAGGACACUUUCCAUGUUUUCCUGGAGAAGGCUAAAAUCCUCUUAGGCUAUGACGUAGACUUGAACUCUAUAACUGGCAAUCAACCAGUAUCUCUAGACACCAACAUCUACACUUUUCUUUUAAAAGCAGAACAACACUUUGAAGGUACUACCCUCAAUUCAUCAAACUUUGACGAGAUAAUAGAUCAAAAUGACAAUGACGAUCUAGUUUACAUUCUAAAUGAUGGCACUCAAAUUCGCGCUUCACAAAUACAAUUUGACAAUGAUGAACCCAUAAUGGAUUUGACUGCUGAAGAACUACCUUUCGUUAAGUACAAAGAUGAUAGUGGAGACGAAAAUGAAAUUGAUAAUAUGGAUACAGAUAUUACGAUAAGGAAAGUUAACAUUAUCGCAAGCCCAAUAGCUCGUUGGUCAAAUAAAGACAACCCUAAACGCAGCUUCGCUAAUUCUCUACCUUUUAAUCUAGUAUGUAAUAACAUUAUCAAUUUUGAGACACAAUUUGAUAAUUACCUCGAAUCCAAUUCAAAAACUUACACGAAUUUAAGUAAUGUUAGCAAAAAUAAAUCGCCUAAAAGUCUAAUAAAGGAGCAAAGCUAUGAUGAUAUUAAAGAUGAUGCUUUAUUCACUAGAGAAGAUGUAUUAAAUAUGUUGAAAGAUACGCCUGUUACUACUUUACCUGUUAACAAAAAUCAGACUGAGAAACUGAGGAAUGUUAGGAAAACUCAUCUUUCCAGAAACGUCAAUAAGAAUUGGAAUUCUAAACCUACCAAUAUAAUCGAUGUUGAAACUGGUUUAGAAAAGCAAAAGUGUUUUAUCUGUUGUAAUAGCGUUGACAAUCAUGAGAAGUUAUACUUAUUUGAUAAGGAAGACCAAAUGUUACAUAAGUGUGAGAGAAAAUAUAAUACACAACUCAAAAUUAUUUGUGAUAAAUGUUUGACGGAAAAUUUCAAGCCGAGCCCAAUUAAAAGUCCCAAUCAAUCUUUAGACAACAAUGAGUAUUUAGUCAUCAAAAAUAAUCAGCAGUUUAUUUUUCAAAAAACCAGUAGUAUUGAUUUGAAGAGUAGCUAUUUUCUUAAUAAUAUUAAUAUGAAUAAUAGUAAUAAUGCUAGUAAAAUUAAUAAAGUUGCAAGAAUUAAAGAGAAUGCUGAGUUUGUUAAAGUAGAGAUCGGUCCAGACGGAGAGAUUGUUACAAAACCGGUAGAAAAUGACGUCAAACUCGAUGACGUCAUGAUAGUUAAGGAGAAAAAGGAGAGCUCUAGUGACGUAGAGAUUAUAGAACCGGAUGUGAUGGAACCGGAACCGGAAAUAGAUAUGGAUGAUUUAGAAAACGUUGACGAAGAGGUGAAGGAAUUUUUGGGGAAAUACCAAUGCGAUGUUGAGAACACGGAAUUCAAAUGCCGAUUUUGUCAGAAAGAGUUCAAGGAUUUGCCAGAAGUGAUCGAUCACGCUGAAGAGCAUAAGCACGACCUUGAUGAAGAUACAGUCUUCCCGUGUCCUCUCUGUGAUUAUGGUUAUUCCAAUUCAAAAUGGCUGAAAGGACACUUAAAAGCGGCUCACGAUGUUAAGAAAGAAGAUGAGACCGUUAAACAAGUAAAAGAUGAUGAUAAACGAGAAAAAGAUAAUGUUGAACAGCAAAAAGAUGAUGGUAAACAAGAAAAAGAUCAUGUUGAACAAGAAAAAGAUGAUGUUGAACAACAAAAAGAUAAUGAUAUACAAGAAAAAGAUGAUGUUAAACGGCAAAAAGAUGAUUGUACACAAGAAAAAGAUGAUGGGCAAAAAGAUGAUUGUACACACGAAAAAGAUGAUGUUAAACAGGAAAAAGAUGAUUGUAAACAUGAAAAAGGUGAUGUUAUACAAGAACAAGAUAAUAUUGAAGAAGGUGAAAAUGAAAAUAAGACUAAACAGGAAGAUAAUAAUAAAGAAAAAACGAAUUCUCCACAAUGUUCUCCAGUCGCCAAAAGAACCAGAAGCGCAGUAAAAAGGAAAGAUAUUGAAAAUACGGACAAUGGUAAACGUGAAAAUCAAGACACUAAAGAAAUUAAUUCUAGUGAUAUGCAAGAGCAAGAAAAGGAAGAAAGCGAGGUCAAACAAGAAUGCCAAGAAAGUAGCGAUGGCGAAUCAAUAUGGAUAGUGCAGACAGGCGACGAUGACGAAGAACUAAAGAAUUUGCUACAGAUAUCGGAGGGCAAACAAGACGAGCAGAAGAAUUUAAAGAGACACAAGUGUUUUGCAUGCAGCCAAAUCUUUCCGACCGCCGUGAGUUUAACAACCCACAAAUGUCGAAAGCGUGGCAGGAAAAGACAAUUCAAUUUUACCAAAGACGAGUCAGCGGUGUUUUCUAAAAAAGAGGAUGUCAUUAAGAGACCAUGUAAAAGAAAAAAUCGUGAAAUCGACGAUCCUCAGAUAGUCACCUGUCAUAACUGCAACGAAUCAUUUUCGUCUAAAGUCAGACUCAAAUUCCACAUGCAGUUCCACGAACCAACAAACCUCUUAAGAUCGGAUGGGCAGUACGCGUGUGCAGUGUGUGAAGACGCAGCGUUCCCUACUGAGACGGAAUUGUUCGACCACGUGCAUUUUCAGCAUACCAAGCAGAAACGGUGGCAGUGUCCCGUUAAGGACUGUGCGAAGAUGUUCUUUUUAAGGGCUACUUUAACGAAGCACAGUCGCACACACACAGACACAAGGCGCUAUGUAUGUGUGACAUGCGGCAAAAGGUUCCUUGACAAGCAGACCUUAGAUGAACACGGUGUUACACAUUUACAGAUCAAACCGUUCCAAUGUCACAUAUGUCUCAAGCAACUGACGCGGCGGUCUCGUCUGCGCAUGCACUUGCGCGCUCACGAGGAAGAACUCUCACCGGCUUUAGUGCUGGUCUGUGCGAUCUGCAGCAGGGCUUUCAGAGACCAAGGCGAUGCUCAGGAGCACGCUACAAAAUCUACAGAAUGUGUAGAGGCGUUCACAAGUGACAUCAAGCAGGAAGAUGAGUCCACUGAGCAGCUCUCUCCCACUAGUGGGAUUGUCAGACACUCUGUGCGAGUUGUGGAACUCUCUCAAGUUAAACCGCCUAUACCUAAAGAAAUAAAUAACGAAGAAAGUGAAAAGUUACUGUCACCUUUGGACGAUGGAGCAAGAAAUAUUAUACGCGUAGUUCGCAUUGAGAAGGCUUUCAGAUGCGAAUAUUGUGAAGAUGUAUUUUACUUGGAGGACGCACUUAACAGCCAUAGAAUCUUACACAAAAAUAUAAAAAACCCAUUUACUUGUCACAUAUGCAAAGUAAGAUUUGCUACUUAUUCAAGAUGUACGACACAUAAAACUACCCACGGUUUUUACAAACGAAGUGCCAUAGAAGGUCGUUUGGAGGAACGCACUGGCCCAGCGAACGCUGGCAUACUUGGCUAUGGAGGAUUCCCCGUUGUUAAGCACUUUCUGUGUGAGGAUUGCGGUCGAUCGUAUCUACAUUGGACGUAUUUUCAAGUACAUCGUCGUAUGAAACACGCAAACGAAAAGUUUAUGUUCAAAUGUAAUCAAUGUGAACUUAUUUUUCCUAACAGUUGGAGCGCAACCUAUCACAGAAAAAAGGUACAUAGUAAAAAUGGACAAGACGAAAAUGGAGGCUUUACGAAGAUUAUGCAAGAUAAUCACAGAAUUCCUUGUCGAGACUGUGAAGAAGUGUUGCCAAACAAAAUAGCUCUCUAUAAACAUAGGCAGAAGGAACACUGCGAUGCAACUUUGAUUUAUAAAGAAGAAAACUGCUCAGACCAAGAAGAGCCUGACACUACAAUUUGUACUAAAUGUGGACAUAAUUUACGCAGUGUAGUUGCACUGAAGAAGCAUGUCAAAGAAGUGCACGGCUGUCCAUCAGGCGGGCCCUAUGCUCGCGCGCACACGUGCCCGGUGUGUGCGCGCGUGUUCCGCUCUGCGUCCGUGCGCAAUGAGCACGUACGCGCGCACACUAGCGACCAGCCCAUCUCUUGCGAUGUGUGCGGCGUUACUUUUACACGGGCGAUAGAGAUGCGGAACCACAGGCUCAUCCACUCGGGCACCCGGCCGUGGGGAUGCACACGGUGUCCCAAACGGUUCCGGGUCAAAUCCGACCUGAAAACGCAUAUGAAAGUCAAACAUCCCACGCAUUUGGCGGUGAUUGAGAUCCAGGGUACCAGUUGCACGCCAGAAGAGGCUCUGCAACAUCUUAAGAACAACAAUAUAAGCCAAGACAGAGUCAUUGAAAUUACUAUGAUCUCUUUUACUAAGGAUUCCACAAACAUAGUACCGAAUUCUAUGCGAGCUCUGUCUAUGUUAUCCGAUGUGCCACGAACGAAAAUAGAUUGCAACUGGGACAGGAACAUGGCUACCCUUGACCAGUCUAAUACAUUUCAACUAAUUCAACCUGACCGAGGUAUAGAAAAAACCCUGCGAAAACCCCUCAUACUGCAAAGAAGUAAUGAAGCUCCACAGAAUUUGCAACGCACCUACAAUAUACCUGCGCAGAAUGUCGCUGGAGAGAUCCCUACGAUACUGCAACAAAGCAACGAGGUCUCACAGAACCCACAAGAUACCUUCAACAUUACUCCUUUGCAGAACAUUGACGGAGAGAAUUUGUCGACUCUAAAUUUGCAGCUUUUAUUGCAAGGAGACGCUCUAGUCAAAGGGAACCAAAUGGUUCAACUGCAAUCAGACGAUGGAAUAUUGUUAGAAUAAGCUAUUGGAAGUUUUGAAAGGUCCCGGGUUAUAUUCCAGGCCGAAGAAAUUCGGAACUUUAUAAUUUCAAAACUUUCUUUGGUCUGGUCUGGUAGGUGGCUUCGGCUGUGGCUAGUUACCACCCUCCGACAAAGCCGUGCCUCGAAGUGAUUUCUCGUUCACUGCACCAGGGAGGUCGCCUUCUUAGAUUAAUAUUAUAGACUUGAGGAUGCCCGCGACUUCGUCCGCGUGGAUGUAGGUUUUUGAAGAUACCGUGGGAACUGUUUGGUUU